AUGAUUUGUGACGCAGCUGCGGCGGAGGACGGGCAGAAUGGCGAGUAUUACCAACAUCAUAAUCCGCUCUCGUUCCGGCAACUGCAGGCCUACAUCGCGCUGAUGGGCGGCGGAUUGACGCCGGAACAAGUGACGGAGGUUUGUUAUUUAAAUUUGUACGGCCUCAUCGUUAAUUUGCUGGCAUUGGCCGCGCUGGCCGGGACGCUUAUUUACGUCGGCUGGAAGUUUGAGUGGAAGCGUCAUAAUCUGCUAGCUUUGCAUAAUUUGCGGUCAGCGCUAGUCCUGGUAUCGAUUCUGGUCGGCAUCUGCGAGCUGGCCCAGUACUGUUUGAUAAUGCACCGAAUCGGUGCACUUGGAGCAUCGAGUCUACCCACGGUGGAAGGACUUUCAGAAAGCGACCAAGAUAACGAUGGCAGCACUACUGCACCGCUAGCGACGGCUGUGCUUGGAUUGUGUUAUGCUUCCGUUACAUUAGCAUCGAUGCUGCUGGGAGCAGUUCUUGUGAGAAUUAUUGAGCUGAAAGAUAAAUCCGGACUAUUAUACGUAGCUUUGGCGGCGCAAGGCGCACAGGCUGUAGCGAAGUGGUGUAAAUUUAAAUACAUCAAUGAUGUCAUGGACACGACCAAAGCUGGGCUGCCAUCGUCUCUUGCAAUGCUGUCGGCUUCGGUGCUUACUGCACUGGCUCUGGUAGAUGGGAUUACUAUGUGCUUGGAGAACUCUUCCCCUCUGCGCUACCUACCGGCGACAGCAACGUCGAAGAAGACGACGACGACGGAUCUAAAGUCAUCCUCGACGCCCUUCCUGUCGCGUGUCACCUUCUGGUGGAUUACACCGCUGCUGUGGCGUGGCUUCGCAAAACCGCUGGAACUGGAAAAUCUUGGAAUGCUGCCAGAAAAGGACACUAGUCGGUAUCACUAUGACCAGUUCCUUUUCAUUUAUCAACGCUUAAAGAAACCGGCCUCUCUGUGGCGAUGCUACGUGCUCAAUUGCUGGCAAAUGUUUCUCGCUGGUGGAGUGUUUAAGCUUAUGGGUGACCUUUGUGCUCUUGUAGGCCCACUUUGCAUAUCCAAUAUAGUCGAUUACAUUGCAAAACCCCUGACAGCUCCAUCGGUGAGGAUGGCUAGCGGCGAUACCAGGAAUGGAAGUGCCGAUGAUGGUGGCGCUGUAAUACCUCCGUAUGACAAUGCACCAUUUGAGUAUAAUCUUCGGAAUCAAUCAAUCUCUACCCCGAACGAUGGAACAUCCCGGCUGGGCCCGUUGACAUGGACGGAGCUGCUGGCCAAUGGCUGGUUUGUUGCGCUUCUGGUGUUGGUGUCCUCGGUAGCUCAGGGCACUUUUUCGCAGGCCAGUACCCACAUCAUGGACAUGGAGGGAAUUAAACUGAAAAAUGCCCUGCAAGGAUUGGUGUACAGGAAAACUUUACUGCUCAGCUCCAGUGGACCGCAGAUGCGACCUACACAACAGAAGUGUCGCCUCGAUGGGAAAAGUACCACUCGUGGAAAUAGCGAAUGCACGGAUCAAAAAACAAAUGAUAGCUGCUGCGAUGGAAGCGAAACCAACCGGCGACCGGCAGAAAUCGGAGUAUCUGACCACCGAAGCCGACCCCUUCCGGGCAAGGUCAACUUCAACGUGGAACGCAUGGCAGAUGUUACAGCCGUAGCGAAACCAAAAACAACCAGUCAGUAUCCGUUGCAAAAUUCAGAGGAAAAGAUAAAACAUAAAAUAGCUACUAUCGAUAGCGAUGAUCAGCAACAGUUCGCUAGCGGUCAGGCCGAAGUCAACUGUCAUCCCCCGUACGGCAGCCAGGCGGGGGCGGCAGCGGCAACUGUCGACGGCGAGGACGGGGAAAAACAAGCAAAAGUUAUUGCCGCUGGAAGUGCAUCGGAAGCGAUCGGAAACGGAAACCGGCGAUGUGCUGCCAGAACGGACGGGAUGGAGCAGCAGGUCGGUGGUAAUGCUGCUGCCGAUGCAGGUACCAUAACAAAUUUAAUGUCCGAUGAUGCUUUUAACGUGAUGUCGUUUGUGAAGAUUGCGCAUUACGUGUGGGCGAUCCCGUUGAAGAUAGGAGUUGUAAUGUAUCUUUUGUAUCAACUGUUGGGAAUCAGCACCGUAAUUGGUUCGGUGGUUUGUAUCGUCACGAUGACACCCCUUCAGUUUAUCAUCGGAAAAAUGAUGUCGGCCAACUCCAAGAAAGCUUCGGAAUGCACCGAUGAGCGGCUCCGGCGGAUCAACGAGGUGCUGCUGGGGAUAAAAUUAAUUAAACUGAAUGCCUGGGAAAAUGUUUUCCAAGAGAAGAUUUCCCGAGCUCGUCGGAAGGAACUUAGGCAUCUGGAUCUCGACUCGUGCUAUUGGACGUUGAUGAUGCUUCUCACGCAAAUCUCAUCGGUGCUGAUAACCUUCGUCACGGUGGCCGUUUUUACCCAUCUCGAGCAGCAGAACGAGCCUAGUUCGGAUGUCCAAUUCACGGCAGCACGGCUGUUUGCCUCGUUGGCACUGUUUAAUCAACUGACGGUGCCAUUGUUUAUCUUUCCAAUCACGAUUCCGAUUAUCCUGUCGGCAGUGGUGAGCACCAGAAGGUUGGAAGCAUUUCUUCGCCGGCCGGAAGUGUCCGGCGAGAAGCGGCUACCGGCGAUGUCCGCUUCUGCCGUGCAAGAAGACUGUCAGACCAGUGACGCAUCGUUUGAUAAUUCCUGCGAAGAUAACGAACCGGAAGGUGACACCCGUCAGCCGGUUCCCGUAGGGCUGCAGCACAACGACGACGAUUUGCUGCAAGGAGUGGUUGAGAAACUUAUGGCAGGUACAACGAAAAAGCGUACGCUGCCGAGGUCGGUAGCUAAAUCAGGUGAUAAUUUAUGCUACGAAUCAGCGGAGCGGGAAAGUGAGAAUGAACUGAAUUCGCAGUACCGCGAAGGUAAAUUGAGCGACGUAAGGAUGGAAACAGCUCCAGCUGCUGGUGUUGGCAGCAGCAGUGGUACACCUUUACUGUCCAAAAGCGCCGCUGAUUGCAGCAGCGACCAGAGCAAAACAAUCCGGCAAAACACUGACGGUAGCGCGAAAGAGCAUCGGAAAAUUAAUCCCCAGGCCAUGGAGCCGCCCGUUUCGAACUGUCGAUUUACCGAGUGCGGUCGAAUGGAACAGAAAUCACACGGACCGGUGACUGCUAAUGAGUCAAGAUUUGCAAAGCAGCCGAACUCCGGUAGAGGUGACGUUGAUGAUAAUGAUGGCCCAGCAGUUUCCAUGAAAAAUGCUCGCUUUCAGUGGGGUUUGUUGGUUGGCGACGAAAAAGUGGAAACCGCUCUGCACACGAAACCGAAAGGCGGUCAGGUGCUGAAAGUGGACCAGUUGGUCAUACCGAAAGGAAAACUAACGAUUAUUGUCGGUCGCAGUGGAAGUGGUAAAUCAUCAUUACUGGCGGCUUUAUUGAACGAAAUAAAUCAUCUGUCCGGCGAAGUGAAAUGGAACAAAUAUUCCACCAUCGCUUACGUCCCACAGCAGCCAUGGCUGCUAAAUGCCACCGUACGGGACAACAUUCUAUUUGGCGAACCGUUCCGACCGAAACGUUUCAACCGGAUUCUGAAGUUCUGCGCACUGAAGCCCGAUAUCGAACUGAUGCCGGACGGAGAUAUGAGUGAAAUUGGCGAGCGGGGAAUUAAACUGUCCGGAGGUCAACGCCAGCGGAUUGUGAUGGCUCGUGCCUUCUACUCAACGGCCAGCGUUGUUGUUAUGGAUGAUCCACUCUCAUCGCUCGAUAACGAGGUCGGAAAGUUCGUGUUUGACCAUGGAAUCCGCCGGAUGCUACGCAGGCAAAAGCGAACGGUCAUCAUGGUUACGCAGAGUCUACAGCUGCUGUUCAGUGCUGAUUAUAUAAUUGCAAUGGAGGCGUUUACUGUGAGCGCAACAGGCACGUUAUCAGAAAUUGAAAACAAUUUCCCACAAACGUUACGGCAGUGGAAGGCAAUUAUCGCUAAGGAGCAACAAUCCAAUGAAACAGGGCUAAGCCCCGGCAAGACAGCCCGAGAACGAUGGAAACUGUUCAAAAUCGUUUCUCGGAUAAGUUUGCAGAAAAGGCACGCCCACGACGAGUACUACGAGCAGCCUGCCGGCACGUUGCUUUAUACUCCAGCGGCGUUGCAGCGUAAUUCCAGUUUAUUUGGAUCACGUUUUCAUACACACGAUUUGCCACUUCCCAUCGACGAGUGCCACGGUGGGGAUGUCCAACUUCGCCGGCAUUACUCCAAGAGGUACCGAGCCGACGGUAGAGGUUUCAGCGAUGGUGCCGUCCCAACUGGCAGGAGAGGUAGAUUGUCGGGAGCAAAUGGUGCGUCACGAUAUCAGUUCGACAUUCAAUUUGCACAGCAUUAUUUUCACCUACUUGACUUUUUAUUGUCCGGUAUCGAGAACGCCACAAAAGGAAGCGGAACGGAAGUUAUCCUAGGAGUGCCCAUGGAAGAUAGUAAUAUCCCAACGCCUGAUCUCCAAGAAGUCAAACGAGUAAUCGAGCUACUGGAGACCAACAAUGCCGCUGGUAAGGACCAUCUACCGGCAGAGCUAUAUAGACAUGGCAACCGAGAGAAAUACCGGGAGCACUACUUGCCCACGCAUUACAUCCUUUUUGGCUUCAAAGCAGCAUACGAUCCAACCGAUCGAGACCAGCUAAGGCAGAUACUGCACGAACACAAUUUUCCGAACAAACUAAUGCGACUGGUUCUAGAUACAUCGGAUCGUGUAAUGAAGGUGUUUCGUGCACAUCACAGCAACAACGUCCUUCGCCCACAAUCUCUCCAGACUGGACGGGGAGAAGCCAUUGAUAGCCAGCCCGUACACCGAGACGAACGUUCGCCAGCGACAGUCAACCCACGCACAUCAUCACGUUCACCUGUCAGCCGAAAUUCGUUUCAGUUAGUUAGCCUUUCGCCGACUGACGAUGGCACAGUUAAUGGCAGACCACAUGAAAGGAUACGCUUCUCUGAUGCUAUAGGCUUUCGGAAGCUUUUUCGCAGUCUGAGCACUGGUGCUUGGUACCGAGGUCGGCACUCUAAUCCGAUCGAGAUGGCGGGAGUGGCUGUCUGUGGUAAAAUACCAUCCGCCUCCAGCAAAGGCAGUUCUGUGAAAAGUUUGCCUUCCGGUGAGAAUCCAUCCUACCGACGUGACGAACCGCACUCCGGAUGGCGGUACUCUUUGCGAAGGUUGAUCUCGAAGUCUUCCGGAUAUAGCGAGGAAGCGGAAGAGGAAGCUUUUACAGAAGAUAAGGAUGCAAACGAUGGCUCAAACUGGUUCCUCACGGACGAGGAGCGAAAAUAUGGCACAAUUCCAGCUCGCAUCUACUGGCUGUAUCUGAAGGCGAGCGGACCGCACGUCGCAGCCAUCUUCCUCGUCAGCGCUCUGGUCCAGCAGUGCCUGCGGGCAUACACUGACUUUUGGCUGCAGAACUGGACCGAAGGAACGCAGUCGCACCGGUUGCCGCCGGAAGACGACGCUGAUCCGCUUGAUAUCACAUACAAUUUUCGUAUUUACGCACUACUGUCGGCAACGUGCAUCCUGCUAGCAACGAUUUCCUUUCCGACUGGCCAAAUGGCUGGCAGCAAGGCACGUAGGCGACUGCACCGCAAGCUGCUGGCGUCGGUAUUGAAAAACUCGAUCCAUUUCUUUGAAACGGUACCCCUGGGCCGCAUCAUGAACCGACUCAGCAUCGAUAUCGCCGUGGUCGAUAAGAAAAUCGCUGCAACAAGUCAGAAGCUGCUGCAAUUUAUUCUGCUGUGCCUUUGUGCGGUGCUCAUAAAUAGUGUCGUGACGCCGUAUUUCAUCCUGUUAACAAUACCAAUUUGCGGCAUUUAUUACAUCGUGCAAAAGUUCUACCGAUGCUCUUCCAGAGAGCUCCAAAGACUGGAAAGCAUCACCUAUUCGCCAAUAAUAGCACAUUUUUCCGAGACCAUCGAAGGAGUAACGACAAUCCGAGCCUACCGGCAGGAGACCCGUUUCACGGAGACGCUUUUUCGACGAAUGGAAGCCAACAAUGUGGCUCAAGUUAUCCUAAAUUGCAGCAACCGGUGGCUGGGAAUCGCUCUCGAUUAUUUGGGAGCAAUUAUUGUAUUUGUGGCAAUUUGUAGUGCACUAAUAACGGCCAGCCUGAAGCCGGAAACGACAAACGCCUCGCUGAUUGGGCUGGCCAUUAACUAUGCCUUGCUGGUUCCGAUUUACCUGAACUGGGUGGUGAAGCUGGCUGCCGAAAUGGAAAUGUACAUCGGAGCGGUAGAGCGGAUACAGUAUUAUAUCGAGAGCAGUCGAAAACGGGCCCGGGAGAGAAAUAAGGUGAAAUAUAAACCGGUUCCGAUCUCAUGGCCCCAGAAAGGUGACAUCGUGUUCGAGAACGUUUCCCUGCGGUACGAAAGCCAGAAGGAGAACGUAAUCACAAAUUUGAAUUUAACCAUUCCCACCGGACAGAGGAUUGGCAUAUGCGGUCGAACCGGAAGCGGUAAAUCUUCGCUAGCAUUGUCGCUGUUCGGCGUGCUGGAGUUGGUCGAUGGGCGGAUAUUGAUCGAUGAUGUCGACAUUGCUGGCAUCCAUAGCGAGGAACUGCGCAGCCGGCUGUCCAUAAUUCCUCAGGAAGUGGUACUGUUCGGGGGUAGUCUACGGGAAAAUCUCGACCCGCGGGGACAUUUUGGCGAUUUGGAAUUAUGGAACUGUCUCGAGAUGGCGCAAUUGAAGGAGGUGGUGAUGGAACUGCCGGAUGGGCUGGAUACACAAAUUGACGAAGGUAGGCCCCUGUUAAGUGCAGGUCAGCGGCAGCUUCUGUGCUUGGCCCGUGCUAUUCUGCGGGGUUCCGUUUGUUUGGUGCUGGAUGAGGCGACCUCAUCACUCGACCUGGAAACGGAGAAACUGGUACUGGAGGCAGCCGGGAGGGCUUUCAAAGGCCGAACGGUGAUCACGAUAGCGCAUCGAUUGCACUCGUUGUUCGAUUACGACCGAGUUGUAGUUCUGGAGCGCGGGACCAUCGUGGAAGACGGAUGCCCUCGGGUGUUGAAAAAGCGUUCCGAUUCCAAGUUUGCUGCCAUGCUGAAAGCGUCAUCGUCCGACGACUACCGGCACCAAUCGGACCGGACCAAGUAG